UCUGUAUCUAUCAGGAUCUAGUUCAGAAAAGAGAAAAAUCCAAGCAUAAUUAAUAUAAGAAAAAAAUUAAAAGGCACUAAAAACCUGACUAGAUAAAAAGGAAACAAUACUGGGGUGUACUAGGUAUGAGUUGCCAGUAGGAGAUCCACCCUAAGAAAGGGGGAACAAAGGGAAGAUGUUGAGGUUAUCAUAAGGUAGAAACUCUCUUAAGGGCCUCAUAGAUCUAGACCUGGACUAUAGAAGAUUGGGCAUUUCCCAGGUGAUCCUGGUAAUUUAGGAACUCAGAAAAGGAGCAUCGUGGAGCCGAUAGCUGUACCUCUUAUAAGCUCUAUUUUCAACUUUCAGCACUGCAGCUCUGAGGGUCCAACUUUUCCAAGACACACAUCUGUAAAGGUCAGCCCUGCACCCUGAGCAGCUCAAGGGAAGAACUGUACCAGCAGUGCCUCAUGCCUCAGCCUUUCUCUGCCCUGGACCGAUGGCUCCAUAAUGGCAGUGGGUGAGGCCCUGGUGCACAUCAAGGUCACUCUUCUGCUGCUUUGGUUUGGGGUGUCUCUGUCCAUUUCUGGCCACUCUCAGGCCAGGCGCUCUCAGCGCUUCUCCAAAGAAGUCGUGAUCCCCUUGAAGGUGACCAGCAGGGACCGAGAUGCUAAGGCUCCGGGCUGGCUCUCCUACAGCCUGCGGUUCGGGGGCCAGAGACACAUUGUCCACAUGAGGGUCAAGAAGUUCCUGGUUUCCAGACACCUACCAGUGUUCACCUACACAGACCAGCAUGCCCUCCAAGAGGAUCAGCCUUUUGUUCCUGAUGACUGCUACUACCAUGGUUAUGUGCAGGGGGUCCCAGGGUCCCUGGUUGCCCUCAGUACCUGUUCUGGAGGUUUUCGAGGAAUACUACAGAUAAAUGACCUUGCUUACGAAAUCGAGCCCAUCAGGCACUCUUCCACAUUUGAACACCUGGUGUAUAAGAUAGAUAGUGAUGAUGUACAGUUCCCCCCUAUGAGAUGUGGCUUGACAGAAGAGAAAAUAGCACGCCAAUUGGAGUUGCAAGAGUUGCCUAAGUCCACUCUGAUGCAAAGUUCUUAUGUGAACUGGUGGACUCACUUGCGAUUUCUUGAGUUGGCAAUAGUUGUGGACCACUUUCGAUACGUUUUCUCUGGAAGUAAUGUGUCAUUAGUGCAGCGUGAACUACUUAAUGUUGUCAGUGUGAUAGAUAUCUUCUAUACCCCUUUCAAGCUUAAUAUAGUUUUGAUCGGAGUUGAGAUCUGGAAUCAAGGAAACCUAGUUUCCACUGAUGACAUAGAUCAGCUUCUGGAAGACUUUUCUCUCUGGAAGUUUACCCAUCUUGAUGGCCGACUGCAACAUGAUGAUGUCCAUCUUGUCAUAAAAAAAUCAUUUGGUAGUAAGCUUGGUGUUGCCUACAUUGGAGGACUAUGCCGGAAGCCUUUUAAUAGUGGAGUUGUUGUUUUCCAGGACCACAAUGUGUACUCUUUUGCACUUACUGUGACCCAUGAGCUUGGUCAUACUCUGGGUAUGCAGCAUGACACUGCAUGGUGUGUGUGUGGUUACAAGUGGUGCAUAAUGGCGGCCUUGAAACGGCUAACAAUUAAAUUCAGCAACUGCAGUUAUGCCCAGUAUUGGGACUAUACAACCCGAUCUGGUUCAUGUAUUUAUCCUCCUCCAUAUGCAGGGAAUAUUUUUAGGUUACAGUAUUGUGGGAACCAAGUUGUUGAAGGAGGAGAGGAGUGUGACUGUGGGUCUCUAAAGCAGUGUGACCAAGAUCCCUGUUGUCUGUUGAACUGCACGCUGAGCCCUGGUUCUGCUUGUGCUUUUGGGCUGUGUUGCAAAGACUGCAAGUUCAUGCCAUCAGGGGCUUUGUGCAGACCACAGAUCAAUGAAUGUGACCUUCCAGAGUGGUGCAAUGGGACAUCCCACCAGUGCCCAGAAGAUGGAUAUGUGCAGGAUGGGAUUCCCUGUGGUGACAAUGCCUACUGCUAUAAAAAGAGUUGUAAUAACCGUGACAAACAGUGCAGGGAGAUUUUUGGUGAAGAUGCAAAGAGUGCAUCUCAGGAGUGCUACAAAGAAAUCAACUCCCAGGGAAGCCGUUUUGGCCACUGUGGUCUAAUUGACAAGGGAUACUUAAAAUGUAAUACCACCGAUAUCUUCUGUGGGAGAGUUCAGUGUAAAGACGUGUCAGUUAUUCCUAACCUGACAGAACAUACUACAGUACAUCAGUUCCAGAUCAAUUUCACCAGUUGCUGGGGCACUGAUUACCAUUUAGGGAUAACCACACCUGAUAUUGGUCAAGUGAAAGAUGGCUCCGUGUGUGGUCCAGGAAAUAUAUGCAUCCACCAGAAAUGUGUCAGUAUGCCUCUUGUAUCACAAGACUGUCAGACUGAUACCUGCCACACGAGGGGAGUCUGCAAUAAUAAACAGCAUUGCCACUGCAGCCAAGGGUGGGCACCUCCCAACUGCACGCAAAAAGGCAAUGGAGGUAGUAUUGAUAGCGGCCCACCUCCUUCUAAGAAAGAAGAACCACAGGCCAAGUUGUCUUACCUUUUUUUAUUGUGGCUUAUUCCUUUGAUUGCUUUAUUUUUAUGUUGCUUCCUUCUGCUUUGUAUGAUAAAGAAAAGAAAAAAGGAAGAAGAGAUAGAGAAAGGAAAAGAAACAGAAAAGGGAAAGGAAGAAGAGGUAGAGAAAGAAAAAGGAAAAGAAAAGGAAGAGGUAGAGAAAGAAAAAGAAGAAGAAGAAGAAGAAGAGGAGGAACCUGAGAACGAAGAGGAGCAAUAAGGCUCCUGCUUCAUUUAAAAAAUCUCUAGUUUUUUAAUAGUAGAGAAACUUGUCUACUAUUUAAAGAAAAAAUUUAAGGAUCUCUCAUGUCUGGAUCAUAUAAUACUGAAGGAUUCCUACCACGUUCUUACUUCCUCUUCAGUGUUUCAAGCCAUAUUAAAAGUUCAU